AUGGCAGAACAGACAAAAGCAAAGCCUAGUGUUAUUAACUCGACUUUAGCGGGUGCAGGUGCAGGAACAGUUGAGAUAUUGAUUAUGCAGCCAACGGAUGUUAUAAAGACACGGUUUCAGUCUCUUCAAGCCUCGACACAUUAUAAGCAAGGAAUAGUUCAAGCAUUUAGAAAUGUAUUUAGACAAGAGGGAUUCACGGCAUUUUAUAGAGGAACACUGCCUGUUUUAUGUAUAGUAGGGCCAAGGAUAUCGCUUCAAUAUAUGGGUUUAGCGUUUUAUAAGCCAAUCUUUGAAAAACUAGAAGGAACAGUGUUGCCAUCACACAGUUCAGCAGGUUUAGCUGGUAUCUGUACGGGCAUCACUCAAGCUGUGACGCUAGUAACGCCUCUUGAAAUGAUUAAAGUAAGACAACAAACUGAGAUUGUGCAAAAUCAAAAGCAAAGAAAGUACCACGGACUGAUUAACACUGCGUCAAUUAUUGUUCGUCAAGAAGGAUUUACAGCGCUUUAUAGUGGGUUAUUGGCUACUGUGGCUCGACAGUCAUGGGGUCUUUUGGUUAAAUUUACUGCAUAUAUUGAAUUAAAAGCCAUGUUUCAAAAAGCUUCAAGCGACCCAAAUGCUUCUUUGCAACCAUGGCAACAUAUGUUUAGUGGAGGCAUGGCCAAUGUGCUUGUCGGUGUCUUGAACUCGCCUCCCGAUGUUGUAAAGACAAGAUUACAAGAUUCAGGAAGUUCCUAUAAAAAUACAUGGGAUUGUGUAAAAUCGAUGGCUAAGCAAGAAGGAAUCACGUCCUUUUUCCGUGGCUCAUGGCUUCGUAUCAUUCGAAUUGCUCCAGGAGGAGCCAUUCAAUUUGCAAUGUACGAACAAUUGCUGGCCUUAUUAAACACGGUGAACAGUUAA